UCAGGCUUUUCCGACCCUUAUGUCCUGCGCUCUGUACUCAAAGUACAAGCUCCGGCCAACGCCAUCAAUGGUGCUUCCGUCACUUCUCUGUAAGCCAAUGCUACGUUGGAGAGCAGAGAUUGGCCCUUUGAGGCUAUGUUUAUACCUUGUAUUCGGCUGGAUUCAGGGCUGUGAAAUGCUCCAAGUUUUUUAAGUUUUUGGCUCCUGGGUUCAACACAAGACUUGUAUGAUUCUCUUCUCUUCGCUCUCUGUAUAAUAUUUAUAUAUAUCUGGGUGUGUAGAUUUUGAUGCUAGCUAGCUAGCUGUGGGUGGCCAUUAGAGUACCAGUGCUGAUGUUUCAACUUUUUACACCAUAUAUAUAUAUAUUUCAUGUAUAUGUAUGCGAGUACAACCAGGUUAGUAGAGGAAAAAUUAUUUAAUUUGUCUGGGUUUGGGGAAAAUAUAUUUGCCUAGGUAUAGCAUAGCCCAUCCGACAUUCAAGUUUCUAUCAUUCUCUUUGUCUCUGCAUAUUUUUAUUUAGUCUUCAUCUUAUUAGAGAAGGCCCAUCCAUUUUAACAUAACUAUAAGUUGUUUAUAUUUUUCAUUAAAUUGAAGGAUUAGGAACUGUGACCUAAUAUUUUGUUCUACUUAUGAGCAGUCACUUCCAGUAGCGUUUUGUAGUUCUCUGAUUGAAAAUAAAAUGGAUAAAGCAGUUAUUAAAAGCUGCUUGGGAUCCUGGCAUGUUAGAGUUGGCAGGACUGUUGAUGGGGUGCUGUCUUUUGAAGAAGGUUGGGAAGAAUUUGUGAACCAUCAUGGCCUGAAACUUGGAGAAAUUUUGAUAUUUAAACACAACGGCAAAAGGGCAUUCAAUGUGGUUGCCUAUGAGGCACUUGGUAGGGAGAAAAGGAAAAAGCCCUCAGAAGCAACUGCAUCCUCAACCUCAAGGACUUCGUUCGCGUGCACGAUGAAAAAAUCCCCUGAUCAUCCAACUUGUACAAACCCGUAAUUAGAACAAGAUUCAUUUCAAGAUUGUUCAAUAAUCUCUGCCCAUUAAAUAAUAUUCCAAAGCCAUGUUUAUUGAUGUGAAGCUGACUGGAGCUACUUUUAUAUGUUCACUGUGUUAUUUAUUUAUUCUUAUCAACUUAGUUAAUAGGGAAGUUAGAGAUGAUAAAACAUUUUCCAACACAUAUGUAUGCUGGCUGUUCCAGUUAACAUAGAUCGAGUAAGCUUCUUCAAUAAUGUGGAUCAUUCUGAAGUCCGAUCAUUCUCAUGUGGAUCCUCAUAAGACUAUAUUCUGACUUUAUUAUUUGUUCAGGGUUGAGUUGCAAUCCUUACAACUAGCAUGAUGAAAUUUCUUUUUGUUUUUUGAAUUUUCUCUAAAUCUGGUGGUUGAUUUA